AUGCAACAUGAAAUGAAUUGCACGAUUAAAACCUCUUCAGCUGAGUACCACCAUCUGACGGCCACAACGUACGCUGAAAUGAAGAUUCUUAUUGUUACAAUUUGUUUCAUAGCAGUUGUUUCCGCAGAUGAAAAGAAAGGAUUGCUAACCAAAUGUGAAGGCGAUGAGAAGGAGACGAUGAGAAUGACCUGGACGCCAUACGUUCUCAGAAGAAAUGGAGUAUAUGAUUUUGUCUCAACUUUUUUUGGAGAUGUUCAAAGCGUCAGCCGACUGAAGAAUUGCAUAACAGUUUGGUUGAGAAAGAGGAAGUUAUUUGACGACUGCCAGGUUCAUGAGAGAUGCGACAUGGCACUCAACUUGGUCAUUAAACGUUUUUUCCCCAGUCUGCAGUGCCCACUUCAAUGGAGUUGGUGCUCCUUUUAA